CAGUUCCUUUUUUGUUUACUGUGCAGGCCUGGCAGGAUGCUGGACUUGGGCUGUCCACCACUAGCAACGAAGCCUGUAAACUGUUUGAUGCUGCGCUAAGCCAGUAUGCGACGUGGCGCAACGAUGAGAAUCUAGGAGGUAUUGAAGGGUGUCUUUCCAAGUUAAAGGCUGCAGAUCCAAAUUUUGUAAUGGGACAUGUCAUUGCUAAUGGAUUGGAGCUUAUUGGUGCUGGAAGCUCAGUGCGGCUCAACAAAGAUCUGGGCAGUGCGCUGCAAACAAUGAUGACGCUGUCAAGAUCUCAGCCUCUGACUGAGCGGGAGAAGCUUCACGUAUUGGCCUUGGACACGUUUGCCAGUGGGGCUUUGGAUAUAGAUCGGACAGAUGCAUGGUCAGCUCAUACUAUAGCUCACGUAAAUGAAAUGAAAGCAGAGGUGGAGAAAGGGUUGGCGUUCAUGAAGGAAACAGAAGACAACUGGAAGGGCAGUGAUAUGCUUACUACCCACAAUUACUGGCAUUGGGCUUUAGGCUUCAUAGAAAAGGGGGAAUAUGAGGCUGCUUUGACAAUUUAUGACAACCAUAUUGCUCCUAAGCUCCUGUCGGGUAGAAGCAUGCUGGAUAUAGUAGAUAGCUCUUCGAUGCUGUACAGGCUUCACCUGGAAGGUGUGAAGCUUGGAGACAGGUGGGACAAUGUCCUCAAGCGUGCAAAGAAGCACACCAAAGAUCAUGUUCUUCUUUUCAAUGAUGCACACAUGUUGAUGUCCUCACUUGGAGCCUUACGUUAUGUGCAGCGGAUAAAGGAUUUCACCUUGUUAAUCACUUUCUCAUUCUACAGAGAACCCGGCAAAGACCAUGAGCUUUCUCUGGCUCCUAGUGUGGGGUUGCCAUUAUUGCAGGCUUUGGUGGAGUUUGAAAAUGGAAACUGUGACAAGGCUGUAGAUCUGCUGUACCCGAUCCGUUACCAACUAAUCCAACUAGGAGGCAGUAAUGCUCAGAGAGAUAUUUUCAGCCAGCUAUUGAUUCAUGCUGCUUUAAAUUGUAAAUCCCAGGCCAAACAAAACCUCGCUAAGUGAGUAUUUUCCUGGU